UUCAUCACUCAACAUCGUCGUGCAGCUUGCUGCGGGCUCUCGCCUGUGUCUGUUCUGCAAACGCUUGUGGGUUGGUCGUGGAAGCGGAGUAAAAUCGGCAGCUUUUUCCUCGGGAAAGGGCCCGCUGUGUGUGUUUGUUUGUGUGUUUCCCGGCGUAUCCCAUUGAAGUGGUGAAUCAGCCGUGUGAAGGAAUUUUAAAAAGUCAUCGUGUCGUGACACUCACGCGAAAGUGUAGUUGAUCCCUGGCAUCACAGUGUCUGUUCGCGUGAGGAGCAAUUCACCGCAAAACCAUCUGCCAGGAUAAAUACAGAAAAGUGAAGCUACGAACCGCCGAUCGAUUGCUGGCGAGAAGAGCACACGGGCAUUACCCAACACACGCCUCUCAAGUCUGCCGGGAUCAAAGUAACCAUACACACACGCCCAAGCCUUAACCGUCCGCAACUAGAAUCUCCCGGAGUGCUUGGUGGGUGGGUGGCACUGCUGCUCCCGGGGCGACGGUAGGGCUAUUCCCUCGGUUUUUUCUUUUCGUCACACGGUAAAACCGGGCGGUGGCUGUGUGGCACUCCACACAGUCUCCAUCCGUACAGCGCACGGCGGCACACUGGGCACCCGGGUACGGCUCUGUCGGCAAACGAUGGCGGAGGUGGGCACCAGCUCGAGCGGCGACGGCGAGUCGGCCGCACCGGACAAACCGAAGGGUUCGGUCAAGUUCACCGAGGCCGACCUGGCCGCCAUCAAGCAGACGAGCGAUACGCUGAAGCGCAACCCCAAGAUGGACUUUAGCAAAGCGGACCUGCUGAAGCUGCUCAGCUAUCUCGAGGGCGAGCUGCAGGCACGCGACGUCGUGAUUGCCGUGCUCAAGACGGAAAAGAUCAAACAGCUGCUGACGGCGCCGCGGUACAGCAAGCCGCCGAACCUGAACGAUCCGCACGCGGCCCUGUUCCGCGACCAGCUCGCGGCAAGCGGCAACAUCGCGAGCCGCCAGUCCUCAUUUCAGGCGGCCCAUUCCGAGCACGAGAUGCGGCUGAUGAGCGACCAGCGGACGGGGGUGCGCGAGCAGAUGGAUUCGCUCGCCGCACUCGUGAUGCAGCAGCGCCAGGCGCAGGCCAAGAUGAUCGAGGCGCUGAAGGACGCGGAGGAGCGGCACAAGCGCGUCGUGCAGGAGCUGUACGACGAGCGGCGCAAGCACGAGCACACGACCGCCCAGGGCGACGACAUUACGUACGGGCUGGAGAUCGAGCGGUCGCGCCUCAAGCAGGAGCUGGACCACGAGAAGGACCAGCACAAGGUGCUGGAGGUCGAGCUGAAGAAGGUGCAGGAGCAGUUCGAGGCGGAGAAGAACCGGCAGAAGCAGAUCGUGCUGCUGCUGCUGGCGGAGCGCAAGAAGAUCAUCAUCAAGUACAUCGAGGAGCGGAAGCGGAGCGAAGACCUGGCGCAAAUACUGUCCGAGGAGAAGCAGCGGGUCGACACGAUCGCGGAGGGGCUGGAGGAGGAGAGCAAAAAGUCGCUCCGGAUGGAGGCGGAGCUGGAGAAGCAGGCGCAGCAGUUCGAGCUGGAGCGGAAGCUGCUGCACCAAAGCCUGGCCAAGGAGGAGAAACGGGUAAAGGAACAAGAGGUAGAAAUACAGCAGCUAAAGGCGGAAAUUGAAUUGCUCCGCAAGCAAACCGGUAUACGGCAUCCGCUUGUAGCGCCGCAGCUACCCACCAAACCGGGCGGGCUCGUACCGUCCCGGCCAUCGAUCGGUGGCGCUGGACCUGGUGGCGUACCCUCCGUCGGUGCUGCGGGAAGUCCAUCCUCGCUGGGAGCGGCUGUCACUUCAGGAUCGAUAGGUAUACCGGGGCAAAUGAUUAGUAGCAUGGCGACGAAAGUUGUCCAGCCGACCGCAACCGUAUCGAGCGUUCCUGUUACCGCACCAACAACCGGAAUCGCUCGCUCGGUCUCACCGGGGCAACUAAUCCGACAGACGGCCAUUUCGCAACUUUCCGUCACCUCGCCCCCCUUGGUCGGUGCAGCUGCUCCGGCAGCUGGAGCCGGUGUAGCGGCAGGAGCAAUUGGCACCACGCCUCCCGUACCAGCCGGCGCGUCACCGGACACCUACGCCAACACACCGGCCGGAAAGAUGGCGGCGAGUGCGGCGGGCGUGCGUAAGGCGGCCACAACGGCGAUCGGCGGCGGCGGCGGAUCAGCAGCAACAGCAGCGGCAGGAAGUCCAAUGUCCGGCUCGACGGCAACCAUCAAGAAGACAAUAAUACUGCCGGUCGGGGGGCGCGGCGUACCGCCACCGAUCCCGCCCAACAAGCCGCAGAUACCGCCGAAGCUGUCCGGCGUGUCGGCUGUCGCUGCCGUGGCAGCGGGUGCCGUCUCUUCCCGCAUACCCUUUCUCAGCAAUAGUGGCGGCAGCAGCAGCAGUAGCAGCAGCAGCAGUGGUAGUAGCACCGGUUCGAUCAACAGCAGCACCACUACCCCUGUUAGUCCCGUCAGCAGUAGUAUCGGCGGCAGUAACGCACUCAGUAGCAGCACCGCCUGUAACAGCAGCAGCAGCAGCAGCAGCAACAGCUCGUCCGCCACCAGUAGUAGUAACAGUGUAGCAAGCAGCAGCGGCAGCAUUAUUAACAGCAACACUAGUGCGCAACAGCCAUGUCCACCAUCCCACAACACCACCACUGGCACAGCUAUCACUACCGCCAUGAACAUAAACACUACCAACACCACCACCACCCCUCCCAGCAGCACCAAUAAUAGUAAUAAUGCCGCCAGUGCGCCAAACGCCUUACUGCAGCAGCAACAGCAACAUCAUACUCAUCCCGUACCGCCGCUCUACACGCAUCAUCCGCAUCACGUUUCCCAUCUUGCUCAUGUUGCCGGUACCGGUGGGGCCUCCACCAACGCUCCAGCAGCGGCCACAGCCGCCCCCGCCACAGCAACCGGUGGCGGCGCUACCCAACAGCAGCAAGGUUUUGCGACGGCAGCCGCAUCUGCCCCAUCCGUACCAUCAGCCGCCACCGGUGGGCCAUCCGAAGUAUUGACCACCACCAACCUCGGUUGCGAGGGUGGGAUAGUGUAAAACGGCCAAUCGGGGUGGUGUGGCCGUCCUGUUCAACGACUACAUUGAUCCGCGCAGCCUUGGGACACAGCAACGGUAAAGAUAUUGUAUCGUGCCAUAUACAUACACACGCGCUGGUACGUAGGAUGUCGCUCUAGCUAUUGUUAAGGAGUAACGUGCAAGCGCACGUCUUGUACGCGGCCACAUCACACAUACUACUAACCCACAAACCCAUGCAUCUAGCGAAUGUUGGUGAUGUGAUUUUUAUUCUAUUUGCCUUUUAAAAGUGGUGCUUUUGAUUUGUAACGUUAGUCCCUUACACUGUACCUUCUACCAGUACCGUGCGUUUUUAUCGGUAGCACAUCUAUUUUGACAAUAUUUUUGUUUUAUAACAAAAAAGGAUUUUAUUAGUAGCAUCACUUCGUUUUUAUCUUUGCCCAUAGUAGCAUACCUGUAUUGUGUGUGGCUAUUCUUAUUUAUUGAUUAUAUUAUUUUUAAUUGUUAUUACAUCACACGGUUAUUUUGAUUUUACACACUCGCUGGUGCAUUUGACCAAUAAUCAAACAAAACACAACUCAAAGUUAUAAAUAAGUAUAUAAGAUUCCUAACCAAGAACACAGUACUACUAUGUGUACUGUUUUACCUACAUUCACUCUAAUCGACCAGUUAAAAUGCGUUGACCUAGUUGAGUAUUGAUUGUUACGAGCUACUACUAUUUACUUACUUAUCAUUCGGGUGCUACAACCGGUUUGCUUCGUAUCAUCGUAUCGUAUCAAUUUCACAGUUAUUACUGUGGUUGCACAGUAAUACUGAAUAAUGAUUGCACGGGUGUGCAACCCGUUUUGUCCAUUAUCUAAAAAGGGGGAAACUGGUAUAUGGUUUCGUCCUGCAGACGUUUGCAAUCUUCCAGAAAGUGUUGGAGCAUGAUUCAAAUUUUUCCAGAUGACUUAGAAGUCUAUAUCUUACUUAUCUGAUCCGCUGGAACUGCUGGGUGCAGACGACGGCAUGCUAGAAAGUGGUGGUGCACUCUCUUUAGCUGUACCAGUAGACGGAUGAUUUUUGCGGCUUUGUUGAUUUGCAAGUAUGCGUAUUUGCUGGUAUUUGUUGCGUUUGAGGAUAGCACACACCACGCGCACGAUGCUUUUCACCACUGAGUAAGGCUACCGAUUUCUCCGCUGUGCAGUUAUAUCCCCUAGAAUGGCAUCAGGUCUCUUCCUGGAGUUAUCUUCUUUUUGGGCUACCGCUGCCGCACGAAAUUGAAAUAUCGAUGGGACGAAAGCUUUGUUGGAAGUGAGAUUUACAUUGCGCUGAAUCACAUAGACAACUUUCAUAAUUAAUAAUCAUAAUUCAUAAUUUCUAACUUUCUUAACGAGCAUAGGUUAUGAACUGUUUAACUAUGAAUAUGCGUAAUAUAAAUAUGAGGAUUGAGAUUGAUGUAAACACGGAAGAUGUUAAACACUGAGUGCUAUACUCUACUGCACUUUGUUAUAUCAGCCAGAUUCCAGAUGAAAAUGCGGUGAAUCGUGUAGAAAAUCCUGUCCGAAGGCUCUGUAUUCUUUUCAACUAUCUGAUUAAGUUUAUAAACCUGGCAGAAUGCAUAUUUCCAAGCCUUCUAGUACUUAUCUUCCAUAUUCUUGAAUAGGAUUAAAGCUACUAUAGCAUUAAAUAGGACUUUAUGCAUGGCGCUACAGUUAAUUGUGACGUCUUGUUAUAAUCGUUUCUAUUUCAAGGGGUCAUUUUGUCACACCAUAAAUCUUUCUAAACCUUGUGAUAUUUCGACGACUGUUUCAUCGAGAACUUUACGCAUGACGCCACAGUUAGUUGUGAUGUCUUGCUACUGUUUGACAUGUAGUUGUAGACGGAUUUCGUAUCAUCACCGUGGACAGAGCUAACAAAAGAGACGUCGCCACAAGAGCACUAUGCAGUAGUACAUGUACUGGGACUCUGGGACUCUCCUCUUGAAGGUAGUGUCCUUUUUGAUAGCUGCAGCGUGAGACGCUGUCGGAAGUUGGAUAAAUUGCCACAGUUAGUUGUGACGUCUUGGUACAAUCGUCCCUAUUACUAGGUGACAUUUAGUCUUGCCGUGUGGAAAAUUGUAAACCAAUGUUUCCGCACCAUACUUGUAAAAGCUCUAUUGUAUGAAUCAUUUAUGUGCGAAUCAAUCAUGUGGGGCUUCUUAAUCAUGCCUAUCAAUCCGUAACUGUUUUGAUCUCUUUAGGUUCCGUUGAUUAAUGCCUAGUAAUACGAUAGAAAUGUUGAGCGAAUUCAAUAAAUCAUGACCUUUAAUAAUUGGACAUGCAAUUUUGGGUAAUAUAAUAAAAGAAUGUCGAAUGGAAUGAUUGUUCAACCGGAUAACGCAAUCAAUUGUUCUCCGAGAAUAAAGUGGUCCUCGGACCAUCAUACAAUAUUCAGAAACAGAAAGAGGUCUUAACAGCUUGGCUGAUAGGACUUCAGUAUUGCUUACAGGGCUUCCUGUAUCAAGAAGAGAACGCGAGGGAGGGUGGUACGCUUAGCAGAAGAGUAUGAAAAUGUCUAACUUUACAUAUUUGUCUGAGAGACGAGUCGCCUAAUAGAAUCUGCACAUUCUUUCUUCAGCGGGGUUAUGUUGAAUAAUGCCUCCACGAUGAAUUUAACGAAAAGGUACACUUAACUUAACUUAACUUAACUUAACACUUAACUGUUCGCGAUGUGUGCUUUGAGUCGUUAUCAUGCUGAAAGAUGUAAUGCUUUUCGCUACCGAAUGUUUCUCGAGCGUAUGGCAACAUCUUACGACUAAGUAUUUUUCUGUACCGUUCUGAGUUCCGUGUCCCGUUGAUACGGAACAAAGGACCCGUGCACUUUAUUCCAGCAGCCGCUAUCCUUUGAAUAAUCAGGCUCUGAUACUCGAUACAAUGUUUACCGCGACCUAUUGUUUCACGUAGCGAUUAACGCGCACAUCCUGGUUUGCCAAAUAACACUUAACUGUUCGCGAUGUGUGCUUUGAGUCGUUAUCAUGCUGAAAGAUGUAAUGCUCUUCGCUUCCGGAUGUUUCUCGAGCGUAUGGCAACAUCUUACGACUAAGGAUUUUUCUGUACCCUUCCGAGUUCAGUGUUCCGUUGAUACGGAACAAAGGAUUAUAAUUACUAAGGUUACUGAUACAUGAUUUUUGUUCUAAACGAAAUUUUGCUCGAUCGAUCCAUGACAAAUUGGAUCGUCCUUCGCAUUCGUUUGGAUAAUCAGGCUCUGAUACUCGGUACAAUGUUUACCGCGACCUAUUGUUUCACGUAGCGACUAACGCGCACAUCCUGGUUUGCCAAAUAACACUUAACUGUUCGCGAUGUGUGCUUUGAGUCGUUAUCAUGCUGAAAGAUGUAAUGCUCUUCGCUUCCGAAUGUUUCUCGAGCGUAUGGCAACAUCUUACGACUAAGUAUUUUUCUGUACCCUUCCGAGUUCAGUGUUCCGUUGAUACGGAACAAAGGAUUAUAAUUACUAAGGUUACUGAUACAUGUGUAAUAGGUUGGGAACGUAUGCGACGGGUAAUUCGACAAUGCUAUACAUUUAGGCGUCGCACUCUAGGAAUACUUUUUAAAACACGAGGGGUGGAGUUUUCGGAUGUUUCCUGAAUAUCACCAAUGUUUCAGGUAGAGGACAAACAUAACUGAUUUUAACUACACAUUUCACUUAGUUUGCAAACGAAAUAAAUUUGACACCACACCUUUUAAAUCUUUCUCAUUACCAUCAUACUUUGAUAUGAGAGAAGUGGUGAUUUUAAUUAGUUCUAUAAUGUCAGCCAUUUUGUCAGAUUUAGUUUCUAUCGUUAUGUCGAAUUGGUUUUCUGAUAAUGUUGUAUUUAACGAAUCUGGAUGUCUUUCGAAAUGUAUCUUAAUGCACUUAUUUAUUUCGUAAUAUAGGUGUCUACUCUUUUUAACUAAGGUUGUUAAUAUUUCGUCUUUAAUGGAUGAUUCGUGCUUUCGUAGAAGCUCUUGUAUUUCGUCAUAUAAUUCCUUAGUAUUAUUUCUUAGUGUGGUUAACGCGCAGAGCCUAUAACAUUUGUUUAGCUGUCUAACCUGAUCAUACGUUCUAUCUAGUAUUUCUAUUUUUUCUAACAGCUUUUGCAUAUUUAUGCAGCUUCAUCCGUAAAAAUUGCAUGUGUACGGUACCUUUUUAAAUACAUUUGUUGUUGUUGCUGCUCACGGUGCUACGUUGUUCCCGGUGCUCGGUGAACUGCUGUCCCUUGGCCCAGGGAUCUCUUCUCUCACCUGUCUGUCCGACAGUGAGCAACCGUCCAUUCUUGCCUUAUUCUUCUCGUCUUCCUCGUUGGGAACGGCUGUUCCAAACCAUACCGCUGGUCACAGUGUUUUUACACGUUGAGGUAGGUUCUCAUACGCGCAUAAUUGUUUUUCAUAAUCGCGGUCAAUAGCUGCAUUGGUGAACUUACGGUACUUUCCCACAGCCUUUACCUAUUUUUGUGGGUCAAAUAGCAUAUCACCUUUUUCGUAUAUCAUUCAUUCACUGUUCUCGAUUCAAUGUAUAGUUGCUACUUUGGUAGCGUAAGCACUUUCAAAGCGUGUUUUUGCGCUUGGUUACGAAGGUGUUUGUAACAAGUUUUCGCUAUUUUAACAAUGCACAGGGUGAUUAGCAGCCCUAAAAUAAUGUUUAGUUUUAAAUCCUGAGUCAGAUGAUAUUCUGUAUGAAUAUUCUGAGUUUGAACUAUUGUGAGAUCAUGGUCUCCUUUUAUAUUUGUUUCAGGUUUUGCAGCCUUGCCUCCCAUUUUGAAAAUGAUUGGUUUUCACUCGCAGUUCACUAUUUUUGGUAAUUAAUCACUUUCCAAGUCAUUUCAGAAGCACUUGCGAUUUUUAUAAAACGUUUCCACUUUGCACUUUUUGUCCGUGUUUGAGGUUUCAUUCAUCACUUUUUUUUUGCACAUCCGAAGAUUACAGCUUAAAAAUCACGGUCGCCAUGUAAUAGGUUGGGAACGUACGCGACGGGUAAUUCGACAAUGCUAUACAUUUAGGCGUCGCACUCUAGGAAUACUUUUUAAAACACGAGGGGUGGAGUUUUCGGAUGUUUCCUAAAUAUCACCAAUGUUUCAGGUAGAGGACAAACAUAACUGAUUUUAACUACACAUUUCACUUAGUUUGCAAAUCGAGACUUGACCGACCAAGACUUAGCAGCACCACUUUACAACUGCACGUACUGUGCGUAACUGUCGCUUUCACUGUCUCCGAACGUCUGUGUCUGGUCUCAUCUUACAUCUUUAUUUAUACGGUACUUUUCUCUUCAAUUCAAUUUUGCGUUUACUUUCGUUUUUCUGUUUUAUGCUGAGGGUUAGGUUUUUCGGUUAACAUAUGGUUGCAAUUAUUAUGUAAGGUCAGUUCUGGGUUCUGACGCUUACGCGGUGUUUUGUUUCCUACGCUUACGAUUAACGGUUCUGUUUGUACACACGAGGUACGGUGUCUCCUAUUUCAUUAUUUAUUAACUGUUGGUUGCUAUUAUGCAAUGCUGUGUUUUUUACACUUUACGCACUUGAAGUGCUUUGUGCUGGGUAAGGUUUUUUCGCACCUCCGGGGUUGUGUGUCGCUUGUGUGUUGUGUUGUGUUGACAAUUUUGUGUUCAUUAAGUGUAAUAAGAAAUGUGUGUGAACUGAUUGAAAACAGUAUAGCAUGUGCAUGUGCAUGCUACACAUGAUUUUUGUUCUAAACGAAAUUUUGCUCGAUCGAUCCAUGGCAAAUUGGAUCGUCCUUCGUAUUCGUUUGGAUAAUCAGGCUCUGAUACUCGGUACAAUGUUUACCGCGACCUAUUGUUUCACGUAGCGAUUAACGCGCACAUCCUGGUUUGCCAAAUAACACGUAACUGUUCGCGAUGUGUGCUUUGAGUCGUUAUCAUGCUGAAAGAUGUAAUGCUCUUCGCUUCCGAAUGUUUCUCGAGCGUAUGGCAACAUCUUACGACUAAGUAUUUUUCUGUACACUUCCGAGUUCAGUGUUCCUUUGAUACGGAACAAAGGAUUAUAAUUACUAAGGUUACUGAUACAUGAUUUUUGUUCUAAACGAAAUUUUGCUCGAUCGAUCCAUGACAAAUUGGAUCGUCCUUCGCAUUCGUUUGGAUAAUCAGGCUCUGAUACUCGGUACAAUGUUUACCGCGACCUAUUGUUUCACGUAGCGAUUAACGCGCACAUCCUGGUUUGCCAAAUAACACGUAACUGUUCGCGAUGUGUGCUUUGAGUCGUUAUCAUGCUGAAAGAUGUAAUGCUCUUCGCUUCCGGAUGUUUCUCGAGCGUAUGGCAACAUCUUACGACUAAGGAUUUUUCUGUACACUUCCGAGUUCAGUGUUCCUUUGAUACGGAACAAAGGAUUAUAAUUACUAAGGUUACUGAUACAUGAUUUUUGUUCUAAACGAAAUUUUGCUCGAUCAAUCCAUGACAAAUUGGAUCGUCCUUCGCAUUCGUUUGGAUAAUCAGGCUCUGAUACUCGGUACAAUGUUUACCGCGACCUAUUGUUUCACGUAGCGACUAACGCGCACAUCCUGGUUUGCCAAAUAACACUUAACUGUUCGCGAUGUGUGCUUUGAGUCGUUAUCAUGCUGAAAGAUGUAAUGCUCUUCGCUUCCGAAUGUUUCUCGAGCGUAUGGCAACAUCUUACGACUAAGUAUUUUUCUGUAACCUUACGGGCGUCAAAUAGCCUGUGGAGCAUAUGUUUAGGAAAGCUCCACUUUUACAUAAACUUGAAAUCAUGUCAUAUACACAUCCAUGAAGAGCUGGAAGAUGAGAUCUUCUUUUUGAUACACAGGGUCUCUUCAACACACUAAGAGAUGCUGCUAACGACAUUCCAUAUACCAGUCCUCUUGUGAAGGCGUCAGGUGUUAUCUUCUUUGCAAUUACCACUGGGAAUAGAUCUGACAAUUGGUCAACUGUGGUUGCUGACUUAUCUGAAUAGUAGAAUCCUAAUAUUCCCCCCUAAUAUGCUCUACUCGUAGUUUUGCACGGAUUUUCACUAAACUUUCACUGUUCGACGGGGCUCGUCCGCGCGCGUCUUUUGACGUAUUUUUUAUGAAAAUCCGUUCACUUUUCACCACUUUUUUAAGCACUUAAGUUUUUAAUUUAAACACUUUUUGCACUUUCAAUAACUUCUCCAAACUUUAUUUCGCGCGGACACUCGACUGAUAUCUACUUGAACUGAUUUUUCAGAGUUGCUCACAUUCCCCCAAUCACUAGCGAUUACAGUCAUUGAAUUGCCGCUCUUUGUACCACUUGACUUCAUCUGGUUUGAAUUUUGCUAAGGUUUCAGAAAGAUCAGGAAACUCAUAAGGAUAAGGUGCUUCCAAAAUUGGUUCAUCUAUUGGUCUGAUGCAACUGACACACCCUACAUGAAAAUGGUAUGUGCAAUCAGUGGUCAGAGCUGAAUGAAUGGUUAUUGAGCUCACCCGACAGUGAAUCAACAUUGGUUGGAACAUGUAAUCAUAAUUUUGUUCACUCAAUGAUACAAGUGUAUCAGACGUCAUGAUUCCGAAACUAGCCAAAUUUGGAGCUAUACCAGAAAAUCCACCUGUUGAUUGACGGUUACAAGCAAAUCUAUGUAUACUUGAUCCUGAUCUCUUAAAACCCGGUGUCAAGCCUCUAAGGGUGUCCCCAGUCAGAGAUGUAAUAUUAUUGUGGAUAGUAGCGGCUAAAUUACUAUUAGAAUCUACAAACCAACAUAUUGAUUUCCUCAUACGAUAAGCUUUUGCAACAAGGGGAUGGUUUGAGUCUCUUUCCCAGGGUUGGAUUAAACUAGUUGUCUCGGAUGUUUUAGACCCUUAGAUAAUUGCCUCUCCCAGAGAACUCAGGAGGGUUCACUCCAUUUACUCUAACCCCAAUAUAAUCAGAACUUGGAGCGCUUAACACACAAUGGUCACACCAUGGAGUUUUAUAAGUGACCUUGGUCAUUAACUCGAAAUGAUGCGGAACUGUUGCACCUAUAACAGGUCCUCCCCAAGACUCAGUUCUCAUUCUGUCGGCGUGUGAAGAUGAGCUUUCCCAUAAGACAUGAGGAGUUUUUGCCAUUCUCUUGAAUGCUAGUUGAAGGAUGCUUGAAUAUUCUGACUCUAUCAUCUUUUGAUCGAAUUCUUUGGACAAAUGUGACAGAAGAGUAGAUCUGAUUGUUUUGGAAUUCUCAAACAUCCCGAUAUAAGUGUCUGUCAUUCCCAUGAUAGUAGAGCUGUACAAUUCAGAGUUGAACCGUGAAAACCGAGGGGUGAUAGUCUCUAGGUAUCUUGCCAAUGACUCCCCAUGAACUUUGGCUAUAUUUAACGUUGUUAAAAGUAUUUCAUUCUGAAUAUCUACUGUUCCUGAGCACAACAUUUCUCUAAACUUUCUCUUUAUUAAAUUUGACACAUUCAGUCCCUUGCUAAUAUUCAAACUGGUUGGAGACUCCAACAGCUUUGGGAAAUGUUCGGAUCUGUAAUCCAAAAUAUUGGGGUUCCCUGCCUCAAUCGCUAUUGUCCGUAGUUCUCCUGAUUUGGUGUUCAAUGCUAUGCAACGCCAGAAUGCUAGUGCCUCAGUCACUUGAUCGGGAAAUUGUCGAAUUAAGAAUCUGGUCAAAGAAACCCCUCCAACUCCUCCUAAACUAGGGUCUAAAUAUAGAUAUCUAAUCUUGUAACGGAAGUCAUAUUUUACACACUUUCUUAGUUUUGUUGUCUAUCUCAGGCAUAGGUCCUCUGAUUGCUGGAUUGUGCUUCUCCAACAGCAUUCUGGCAAAAUUCCCUACCCAAUUGUAUUGAAUCAUGGCGUUUAACGGGUUGUCCGAGUAAUUACAUACUGUUAGUAAGUUAGUCACAACCGUCCCAGAGACAGACCCGAGAGAGGGAACCUGAUCAUUAGUGGUACAUAAACAUCUCGACAAUCUCUUCUCUGGCAAGCCUGUUAUAGCACCAUUUAUUAGAAUCACUUUCCCAUUGUUUCACGUAGCGACUAACGCGCACAUCCUGGUUUGCCAAAUAACACUUAACUGUUCGCGAUGUGUGCUUUGAGUCGUUAUCAUGCUGAAAGAUGUAAUGCUCUUCGCUUCCGGAUGUUUCUCGAGCGUAUGGUAACAUCUUACGACUAAGUAUUUUUCUGUACACUUCCGAGUUCAGUGUUCCUUUGAUACGGAACAAAGGAUUAUAAUUACUAAGGUUACUGAUACAUGAUUUUUGUUCUUAAUGAAAUUUUGCUCGAUCGAUCCAUGACAAAUUGGAUCGUCUUGCGCAUUCGUUUGGAUAAUCACGCUCUGAUACUCGGUACAAUGUUUACCGCGACCUAUUGUUUCACGUAGCGAUUAACGCGCACAUCCCGGUUUGCCAAAUAACACUUAACUGUUCGCGAUGUGUGCUUUGAGUCGUUAUCAUGCUGAAAGAUGUAAUGCUCUUCGCUUCCGAAUGUUUCUCGAGCGUAUGGCAACAUCUUACGACUAAGUAUUUUUCUGUACCCUUCCGAGUUCAGUGUCCCGUUGAUACGGAACAAAGGAAUAUUAUUACUAAGGUUACUGAUACAUGAUUUUUGUUCUAAACGAAAUUUUGCUCGAUCGAUCCAUGACAAAUUGGAUCGUCCUUCGUAUUCGUUUGGAUAAUCAGGCUCUGAUACUCGGUACAAUGUUUACCGCGACCUAUUGUUUCACGUAGCGAUUAACGCGCACAUCCUGGUUUGCCAAAUAACACUUAACUGUUCGCGAUGUGUGCUUUGAGUCGUUAUCAUGCUGAAAGAUGUAAUGCUCUUCGCUUCCGGAUGUUUCUCGAGCGUAUGGCAACAUCUUACGACUAAGGAUUUUUCUGUACCCUUCCGAGUUCAGUGUUCCGUUGAUACGGAACAAAGGAUUAUAAUUACUAAGGUUACUGAUACAUGAUUUUUGUUCUAAACGAAAUUUUGCUCGAUCGAUCCAUGACAAAUUGGAUCGUCCUUCGCAUUCGUUUGGAUAAUCAGGCUCUGAUACUCGGUACAAUGUUUACCGCGACCUAUUGUUUCACGUAGCGAUUAACGCGCACAUCCUGGUUUGCCAAAUAACACUUAACUGUUCGCGAUGUGUGCUUUGAGUCGUUAUCAUGCUGAAAGAUGUAAUGCUCUUCGCUUCCGGAUGUUUCUCGAGCGUAUGGCAACAUCUUACGACUAAGUAUUUUUCUGUACCCUUCCGAGUUCAGUCGAGACAAUUCAUUCUGAUUAAGUUUAUAAACCUGGCAGAAUGCAUAUUUCCAAGCUUUCUAGUACUUAUCUUCCAUAUUCUUGAAUAGGAUUAAAGCUACUAUAGCAUUAAAUAGGACUUUAUGCAUGGCGCUACAGUUAAUUGUGACGUCUUGUUAUAAUCGUUUCUAUUUCAAGGGGUCAUUUUGUCACACCAUAAAUCUUUCUAAACCUUAUGAUAUUUCGACGACUGUUUCAUCGAGAACUUUACGCAUGACGCCACAGUUAGUUGUGAUGUCUUGCUACUGUUCGACAUGUAGUUGUAGACGGAUUUCGUAUCAUCACCGUGGACAGAGCUAACAAAAGAGACGUCGCCACAGGAGUACAUGUACUGGGACUCUGGGACUCUCCUCUUGAAGGUAGUGUCCUUUUUGAUAGCUGCAGCGUAAGACGCUGUCGGAAGUUGGAUAAAUUGCCACAGUUAGUUGUGACCUUUCGGUACAAUCGUCCCUAUUACUAGGUGACAUUUAGUCUUGCCGUGUGGAAAAUUGUAAACCAAUGUUUCGCACCAUACUCGUUGAAGCUCUAUUGUAUGAAUCAUUUAUGUGCGAAUCAAUCAUGUGGGGCUUCUUAAUCAUGCCUAUCAAUCCGUAACUGUUUUGAUCUCUUUAGGUUCCGUUGAUUAAUGCCUAGUAAUACGAUAGAAAUGUUGAGCGAAUUCAAUAAAUCAUGACCUUUAAUAAUUGGACAUGCAAUUUUGGGUAAUAUAAUAAAAGAAUGUCGAAUGGAAUGAUUGUUCAUCCGGAUAACGCAAUCAAUUGUUCUCCGAGAAUAAAGUGGUCCUCGGACCAUCAUACAAUAUUCAGAAACAGAGAGAGGUCUUAACAGCUUGGCUGAUAGGACUUCAGUAUUGCUUACAGGGCUUCCUGUAUCAAGAAGAGAACGCGAGGGAGGGUGGUACGCUUAGCAGAAGAGUAUGAAAAUGUCUAACUUUACAUAUUUGUCUGAGAGGCGAGUCGCCUAAUAGAAUCUGCACAUUCUUUCUUCAGCGGGGUUAUGUUGAAUAACGCCUCCGCGAUGAAUUUCACUUAACUUAACUUAAUUUAACACUUAACUGUUCGCGAUGUGUGCUUUGAGUCGUUAUCAUGCUGAAAGAUGUAAUGCUCUUCGCUUCUGAAUGUUUCACGAGGGUGUGGCAACAUCUUACGACUAAGUAUUUUUCUGUACCCUUCCGAGUUCAGUGUCCCGUUGAUACGGGACCUCGCACUGCCUCGCACUUUUGCCGAUGACCCUAGCGCACGCAUUGAGCCAAAAACAAUACACAAGCACAACAUUUUUUUCUUUUUUUUGUGUCCAGUAGUGUGUUAUUUGUUCUCGUAGCGCUCGGGCAACAGCUUACCAGGCUACGUCUUAAUUUUUUAUGUAAUUUCCAAUGCGUCGAUUACCGCACGUGCGUUCUUAGUAAGUGUUGCAGCAAGGUAAUGCAACUUGCCACAUCCGAUCAGUUGCUCUGACGAAUGGAUCAGCCACUGAAAUUCGAAGGCAAGCCAGUCGCGAAUAUUACCGUCGAAAUGUGGUAGCACGAUUUCCGGAAGACUUGCCCGCACCGGGACUGUCAGUGUUCCAUUUGGUGUAAUCUACAUGGACCUCUUUGAAAGUUAUUCCACUUCGUGUAGUCAACGUGGUUAGCUACGGAUAUAUUUGAACAGUUGGAAGAACUGUGAUCCUCGGAUGUAUGUUAUAUUUUGCUGUUUGGAAGUCAUCCAACUCAAAUGCUGCAUUCCGAGAGGCACAUUCUAACAAUGAAUUAAAAUUUCAUUAGCUUCACCUCGUUGGAAAUUAUUCCAUUUGGUGUAAUCUACGUGUACCUCUUUAAAAGAUAUUCCAUUUUGUGUAGUCAACAUGGUUAGCUACGGAUCUGAUUUUGCCAGAUUUUCUUCCAGUAGCCUUAAUGCGGAAACAUUUGCAUGACACGUUUGAGUACGCACAGUCUUGGAUGGCAUGCAAGUGGUCUCGUUCGAGAAAGACGUAAAGCAGCCUGAUGUCUCGAUUCGCUAUUUCGAGGCAACCAAAAAGUUCUUCAGGUCUUGCCAUAGUAUCAAAUCCCCUAAUACCAGCAUGGUAAUACCGAUAUUUGGAAUCAAAUCUUGUAGAAAUAGAUCAUUAAGUCGACGAAAAGCAUACGGCAUAAAAGGCAUCAUAAAACAGCACUAAACUAAACAAGGCACGCGAAAUGAAAGGUUGAACUGGCGAUGUUGAGCGGAUGAGGAUUCUUGACUCCAGUUCCUCUGACAUGCCUAUUACUGGUUUUUUGAACCAGAAUGUUGUUCUUGGGCUAUAUUAUCUUCAAGAGUUCUGAUUUCAGAUCUCUCUGCUGCCCUUCACAGCUGAUAACUAGGCACACGUUGCAUUGUAUCAUAGCGCUCAAUAAGACGCUUUGCUGAAUGUUCGUUCAGCUGGUACACCUUCAGUUGCAUAUUUGCACAAUCCUUCAUAGAGGAUCGGAUCGAAGGGUUUACCAGCAUUCGCAUAUUGGUUGUAGGUCUUGGUUAUGAUCUGAUUCCGUACCUUAUUAUCAGACAUGUUUCCAGUUGCACAAACUGCUGUAACAACUGCUACAGCACAGUUAGAUGAAUCAAGGUAAUGGCUCUGUGAAAGAGUUACAAGAGUACCACCAAGUGCUUUAUGAUCUUUUCCGAUCUGUACCAAUUUUGCAAUUUCUUCAAGAUUAUUUUUGGAAAAAAUUGCUCCACAAAGUGCUGUCAUGAGUAUCAGAUCAUCCAAUAUACAAAGACGUAUGGCAUCAGCAAAAGUGGUUUGUGCAAACUUGCUUGCUUCAUGGUCAGCAUCAAUUGAUCAUUCUUGACCAUUGGCUUUGCCUAUGGUGGUUCUGCAGUCUUGAAGGAUGCAAUAACCACAGUAGUGAAUACUGGCUUUUCAUCUACUAUUCUGCAGAAAUGGAAUCUCCACCGUUUGUCAUUGUUCCCCUUCUUGAUCUGACGAGAUGCCGGUCCAACCUCAUAUAUUACUUUGACGUGAAUGUCACAAACUUUUACGAAUCAAUAUGUCACGUCUAUCUGGUAGUGCGCAUACACAUUAACUUUUAAACUUGUACACUCGCGAUUUUGUUGUAAGUAAUUGUCACUUCACUUUACACUAUUUCCGUGGGCCCUAUCUUGUAGUUCUCCCACAAAAGCUUCACCUAUCUGGUAGUAUGAAUUCGUGCACAGAAAUAAACAAAAUACUUACGUUAUUGCUGUCGUGUCGCGGGUUCGUGCUAACUUUGCCAGUUACUGGAUACUUGAAGCGCGGGGGAUCCUCUACUCCUCGGCGGAAAUUAUUUCCUUUGAUGCUCUGGAUGCUUUUGCGGGAUCGCUUUGACGAAAUUUAUUAGGUUCCGCCUUUCCACUUGCUACACUUUAAGCAUUUAACACUCCGGAUGGUUAGAACAAUGUUAUCUAGCAAUUGUUCGAAUUCUUGGAGGGUCUAGCUAGACGGAGCGUGUGCGCUUACGAAGAGAAUGUCUCCUACCUCUACUGCUAGCAUUCCUCUUAAUGACUUAUUGACGAUCCAUUGUAUCGGGAAGUUACCACACGUUACAAUCGCUGUCAACUGCUCGUCGCUGUAUGUUAUGUUGAUAUUGUGCUGAUGCUUUCCGGCUGAGUCGGCAACAAUGAAUACGACCACUUCUUUUUCUCGAGUGGUUUGCCACAUUAGAUUGAAGGCCGCUCCACAAUGGUUUUGGUUAUGUUGGAUGAACUUAACCAUGAUGCUGAUUUCUUGAAAUUCGGUUAGGGCAUCUGAAGCUGCCUGUGUAGUGGGGUUCAACCAUCUCUUCACGGCAGUCUAAGCACGCCAUAGCGUUUUCAUGUUAUACAUAGUUUGCUUCGAUCUUGGCCAUCACACUCGAAGCCUCUGUGACCAAUCCUCUAGCAUUUGAAGCAAUUCACCGGGGCUGUAGCUUCUCUCAAAUAGCUGACGCACCAUCCAACUUUUAGCUGUCCCGGGUUUGAAUCACUUUCGAUGACAAAGUCACUUUGAAUGACGCUUUCUGUGUGCCUUUUGUUCUUCCUUCUCGGACUUUGAUGUCUUUGUGGUCGAUGUCUAUGUUCAGUUGUUGCUUGAGGGCUACAGCUAUCUCCUCUGCAACAGUGACUUCGUCAAGGUGAACGAUUUCAAUCGUCACCAUAGGAGCAAGUGACCUGACACACGUCUUGUCGUUUAAGGCAUUCUUGAUGCCCGAUUCCAUCUGUGUCGCUUCUUUGCCUAUGUUUCGCACGAAGCCGGAUAACGAUGGUUAAUACACGAACGCUCUAGGCUUACUUUAAACUUUAGACGAUUAUUGCAAAUUAAUUUUAUCUGACCGAACGCGAUAAAAUACUGUUACAAUAAGAGAGGGAUUGCAACCGAUCACUGAUCUUUUAUCAGCUUUUAUCUCGGAUAACCGAGAACGCGCUUCUUCCGUGCCACGUGCCGAACGUUAAUGUGGAGAUACGCUAUUAGUCGGGCGGAAUCGUGGGAGAACCGCUGUUUCGAAGGUCGCUCUAAUCCGAAGAUCGACUCGUCGAUUCGGCCAGGCUAUCUUUGAAUAGACGGUUGUGUCGACAACCAGCCUCUUUUGAGCACUAGCAACAUGUCACCAUUUUGAGUCCUGCCCACCUUGUCAACUUGAUCGACGACUGCUUUGAGAGAUUCAUCAUGAGUUAACUUCUUGAGUAGUUUUGCUAGAUCAAUUUGUUUUCCUACUAUCGAGCUUCCUUCGGAGCUCGGCCCUUCCGUGUUUGAAGCACAAACCGGAGCCUCUUCUGCUAGCUCAAAUGUGUGUGCCGUUUGAAUUUUAAGAUCUCGGGGUUUUCGCUGUUUGAAUUGCUUUUUCCAGCUUACCCAUCUCCUUAUACAUGGCUUCAAUAAACUCCACCAUUUGAGCAAUCACUCCCCCAUGCAAGACUUUAAUCGCCAGAUUAUUUGCAUAGUGUUUGAAACGCUCGAGUUGGGUUUUGUGCGUCGCUUUUGGAGGUUCUCCAUCCUCCUGCGCUUUUGAGCUCUUUUUGAAGUUGUUUUUGAGUCUCACUCAUCUAUAAGUCGCUCAUGUUCUUCGUCUUCCUUGUUCUUCUUGGACUUCGGUUUGAAUCUGUCUUCUAUUUCUAUUGGGUACAAACUCCAAUCCGCUAUCCACGCUUGCCACCGUAGUUCCCUUGUUAAUGUCCCAUGGUUGAUUUUGAAUUUGAACAGGCGCAGAUUUCGUUCGAAUUCGUUGACAAUACUGUUGAGCGUUUCGACACACUCAGGUCAGCAAAUAUGUUUGUUUGUCGCUAUCGGAUAACUGGUCUGAUGAAUCGAUCAUGGAACAAAAUGCGUCACGAAAAGGUGGCCAAUCUCGAAUGGUUCUUCGGCUAUCAGAAUAAACGGUAGACCAUUUUUAACUUUGAGAUUGCCAAUAUUUAUUUUAACUUUGUCGAUGGUUUACAAAAUGUGAUACGUCUUUGAGAAGAGAAUAAAGGGAAAGAGAUCGCGUGUAGUGUUCGCAUGGUUUUUACAAACGCCGAGACGGAAGUGUCGUGCGUGUCCUUGUGGUUUAUGCCAAGUUGACAUAUUCGCUUAAUCCAUGCGCGGUAUAUGUCAGACUGACGUUUUAUGGUUUAUCCGUGUGCGGUGUAUAUAAUCGGAGCUCAGCUCCGAACAGUGGUACGACACCGUGGUCGCCACAGUUCCAUCAAAACAGGGAAAUUUUAGUUCAGGAAGUUUUACACGGUUAGGUUUCACGCAUGGUUUUUUUUCGAUCGGGAUCACGUUUUGUUAUUAAAAGGUUAGGAGUAAGAGCCAACAUACCUUGUUCUAUGUUUACAUUCAGCUCAAAAAUCCUGUCGUCGAAACUGGUAUAUCGUUCUUCUGUCAGCUUGUCCUUAGCUGCAUCGGUUUCUUCGAAUAACACAGAAAACACGGCUGCUGCUUCGCAAGAAACUUCGUUUAAUCUUACCGCAACCAGCUUGAGUGCUGCAACGUCCGUUUCCCUCUGAUUGUAGUUGGCCUUCAUGCGAUCCAAUUGCCGAAAUAGGUGGAUCAAUUGGCGUUCAGCGCCCUUGCGAUGUCAUCGAGGAUAGGGAACACAUAUGUGUUCUUGCUUCUCUUCAUUGGUUGUGUAGCCAUUUUACUGAAAAAAUCCAACAAAUUUUCGCAAAACAAUAGAGCACAAAAUUUAUUUUCUACUUUCGUCAAACACCAAAGCCAACUAAAUGACAGCUGAAAAUGAUGCCAUCGUCUUUCGCUACAAAAAGAUCACACGCACACAAUCAUACUUGCCACUUCCUACACGGGUGAUCACACACACAUCCACACUUUUGGACGGUUCGAGCACCAAUCGAGCAAAUUUAGAACAAAAUUUUAGUACCAAUGUCAAUUGGGAUCUGAAACGACGUCCUCGUUCUGGUUCGGUCCGUUCGCGUCUGGCUCUCCUGACGGUCUAGGCACAGCCUCCUGCUCCCUUCACGGUCCAGGCAUAGCCGCCGGCGAACGAAUUAGAGACAUUGUAACCGAUUAGAUAAGCACUAGUACCGUUUGUGUAACGUUCACUUUUUUGCCACUUGUUUGGCUACCUUGUGUGGGUAGACCAUUUUUUUUAUUUGAUUCCCAAAAUGACACAAUAUCUUUCCUUUCACAGUUUUCAAUUAGAAUCACGCGGUAUGCAAUUACGAGAGUAAAUCUAGUUUACUGGAAGUAACUUUUCGUGUGUCUAAGUUGGUAAUAUGCAAGUGCUCGAGCGUGUGCCUAUUGACGUGCGAUCGUGUGCUCGCAUUGGGUGCUCGAAUUAGGGUGCUCGAAUAAGGGUGCUCGACGGAUUUCAAUUGGCAGUUGAUGUCAGCUCCCAACUGUGGUAAGGCCAUGACGUGAUCGCCACACACUUUUUGUUCUGUGUAGCUUUUGUGUACCGGAAUGGCGAAGCGUUUUUGUUGUUUGUACCAAUACCCGGUCGGUUUGUUCUUGUAUGAAGCACACCUUGUUUAACACAUGGCCUUUUUGCGUCCGGACCAUGAAUGACUUGUUCAUUGUCCGCAGGUCAGCAGACUUCAGUAUCCUCUACCAAAGUUCUGCUCGAAACGCACUUUCACUAGUUACGUGUCGUCUCGUACAUGCUCCGGAUGAAGAUUACAUGCAAUCUCUUUGGUUUAUGAUAAGCUAUACCCUGCAAAUCGGUUGUAGCACCCAAAUCAGUAAGUAAGUAAGUAAGUAAGUAAGUAAGCAAGUAAAUGAAAUCAAAACUAAAGGAAAACACGCAAAACUGUAAUACAACAAAACCGGUGUACACACGAACUCCAUAUGAAACAUUGCUUCUUCUUCUUCGCCGUGGCACAUGCGCGCGUGCGGCUAGAAUACUCCGCCUAUAUAACGCAAUGAGCAAUGUAACAUGUAGUAGUUAAUUGUACUAUGCGCAUUACUGUAGUGUAGCGAAUGCGGGGUAGCGUUUUGCGAUGAGACAGAAGCAGCGAACAUUGUGCAAUAGGAUUUGAGUAGGAAGAGGGUAGGUGGUGGUCUCCCCCGAGGCCUGGUACACAAGUAUUACUUACAAAACAGUUCAACAGUAGUGGCAGUAUAUCAAUGCGUGUGCAUCAUUAAAAAAACCCAAUAUUAUCCAUAACAAAGCUAGUGUCCUGGUAAAAAAAUAUCUAAAAGCAAUAUUAAAUUCGUUUUAUAAAUAUGUGACAUAGCAAAAUGAACUAGUAACAACAGGUCCAUGCAUAAUACAAAAAGAAAAAGGAACAGUAUCAAUUCGAAUCCCAAGCGCAGUGAAUAAUGCAAUGCAAAUAGCGAUCUCAUGGCAUGAUAUGAGGUGUGAGAAUGGCAAUUAUAAAUCAAAGAGUUUUGUAGGAUGAAUGAGGCAGCUGUACACGAUAGUAAAGGGCAGCGUUAGGGAAGAUGUGUCAGGCACACGGAAAAAUGGUGUACGCGCUUCCAUUUAGUAUAGAUGCGUUAUGGGGAUAAUCCUAUCCACGAAGAGAUUGAAACGAAUGUUCUGCAGGAAACAAUAGGAAAAGAAGAAAACGAUGCAACAAAAACAAAUCUUCUUGUUAAUCCACUAAAGUGAGUGUGCACGGUAUAGAGAUGUGUAUUCUUUCGCCUUGUAGACGGGGUAGAAAUCAUAAUAACAAACUCUCUUCUCCCUCCUUUUACGCUUAACUCGCCUGGAUUGACUCACCACGAAAGUUUCCGUGCUCUGACGAUGUGAAAAUUUGCGAGAACAAUAGUGAAUUGCUGUGAUUAUUGAACAUUUGUAAAAAUAUUCUUUUUUCUUAAACAAACAAAACCUUAACCCCUACAUGAAUCGAUGCUUAAGUUUAAUGAAUUCCGCUGACUGUGCAUAAAUGCUCCCAGUGUUGGUAAAAGUAAAGGCUUUAUACUAGUAUGCGUACUCUCUAAAUCUUGUCAUUAUCCUGCGUCAACUUGUCAACAUCACGAUCGAUUAUUACCAAAUCGGGUUUAGCUUAUUUAAUAAUGUAUUAUAGUUGAGUUUCUUGCUACAUUUUCUCUAGCAACGAUAACAACUACACAACCGCCAUAACACAGGUAGUACGCUCAUCGAGAGAAGGGAGAGAGAGAGAGCAAUUACUUAAACGGGUCAGAAUUGAUUAGGACGGCAACUUAUGUGCGAAUAAAACGUGUAAAGACUUAAUUUCACAACAAAAAAUAAGGAUUUCGUCGUGAAAUAUAAAGAAUUAAUUAUGAAUUGUGUAUGAAUCUGCAUGAGCAUCCCAACAGUUACGGGUAGUGGAUGAACAUGGGAUGGUUUCUUAUGUACCUACAAAAGGGAUAAAAUCAUAAAAUCAAGGUGCAUAACAAGUAAUAAAUAACAGCACGAAAUGGAAUUUAGUCUUACAAAAAACAGUUAAUUCAAACACCACACCCAGUCUGCAGUCCACGUUAAGUGUAUCUUUUCCAUCGUGCACACACGGCCACUAAAACACUGGUUACUCACUGAUCCCGUACUAAUGAGAAAUGUUAAAUGUUAGCUGAAGCUGGUGAAGAGACAUCCAAACGGUUGCCUACAAUUUUGUAAAUUGUAUUUUUUUCCCUUUUUAAUUUUGCAAAGUAUGGUUGCAUGUAAAAGGAGACAUAUUCUCAAUUCCUUAGGGCAAAUGUGUAAAUUAAACAGUAAAACCGAGACAUCACCGAUCAUUAAUCAAUAACUUACGUAGAGAAGCAACCCCCAAAACUCUCUGCAAAGCGAUGUGUAAUAGACUACCAACUUAAACUACUGCAAAAUAAAACUUAUAUAUUCUAUAAA